AUGUUUAGAGGGCGACCAAAUCAGCUGCUGUGUCCGGUGAUUAAUGGGCUGGACAUAAAAUGGGCCAAGGAUUUGAACGGAUCUCAGGAAUUUUACCCAAUUCUCCUCACUCGAAAGGCUUUAAUUCGACGGAAAUUCGAGUUCGAAAUGCGGUAUUUCGCUAUUUUGAUCGUGUUGGCCAAUGUUUUGGUGAGAUUUUAAUUUAUACUUCCACUUUCAAGACUUAUCGAUCUAAGUUUUGCUUUUUCAAAAAAAAUUUAUUCAGGCAAUUGUCAAUGCGAAUUGCGAAUUUACGAUGGACUACAUCCCAGAGUACAGCAACAUAAUUCGGACGGACAACGAAGGAAGAUCGUGUAGAGGAAAUAUUUCGCUGCCCUUUUGUCGAGGGGCUUGCAAAACAUCCGAGGUCUGUUCUUAAUGAUGCUAAAAAUAAAAAAUUACCUUCUGAAAAUAAAAUCCACAAGUGCAGAGGGCAAGUCUUGUUCGGAAGUGGUCAGAAAAUCUUGUUUUUAGCCACCUUUGCACUGGACAUUUUUUCAGCAAAAAUUUAGUUUUGUGGAACUUUCGGUUGAUUUUUCUCGUCGGCCGGACUUAUUCCGCGGCUGGAAAAUUGCUCUUUUUACCCAAAGUUGACCUGCUCUCUCCACCUGUACUAAUCAUUUUCCCAAACGCCGGGGGAAAUUCAGACCAUUCCCUCGUCAGCAAAGCUCGCGCUAAAAUCUUCAUUAUGCCAUGGGCACCGUGACACUUGCAGGCAACCACCUUGCGGGCGGCCAACAAUCUUUGCGAUUAGAAUUAACAUUUUCCUCCCGUGAUCACGUAGUAUGAUGAAAAUUUUACAUUGACAGCUGGUACUUAUAAGUACACGAAUCAAUUGAAUUCAUCCACCGCUUCGAAAGCUAUGAGAGUUUGUUAACAAAAAAUGAUUUCUGAUCCUUUAAAAUUGCCUGUUUAACGUUGUAGUAACUAUUCAUGCCAUUUGAGCACCUGGAAACUUAAUUCGCAACAUCUAAUUGCCAAAUUCAUUGUUUGAAUUUCCUGUUGUAAGCAAACAUUGGCCGGUUUUCAAAACAUGCUCGCACAGUCUCCGUCUUUCCUUUGGCUGCCCGCAAGGUGGUUUCCCGCAUGUGCGGCCUGCCUUUGGGAUGUGGGCCCGGUGUGUGUGCAAAUUUGGAGCAUCUCAUUUCGAACAUUGAGCAAAAUUUUUGGGAUUAUUACGCAGGAAGUAAACAAAACUUGUUUCAGGAAGGAGUUCACGUUUUCCCCUACAGAGAGAGCACCAGUCAUGUCUGUGUCUUGGUAGGCACGGCCGAGAGAGAUGUGAAUUUGACUGACUGCGAUACAGGCGCCGACCCCUCGGUUGCCUACGUUACCAUCUCAGCGGCUACGGAAUGCGAAUGCAGGGAGUUGGAGCCGCGUCCAUGA